GGGCGCCCCCGCGGCGGUGCCCGCGCCCUGCGGGGAAACUGAGGCACGGCGCGCCCGGACACCCCCCCCCGUCCCCAAACUCCCCCCCUCCGGCCGGCACGGCUCCAGGGCUGCGGAGCGGCAUUUCCUCCGGGCGCCGACCCUCCUCCCCCACCUCCUCCUCCUCCUCCUCCUCCUCCUCCUCCUCCUCCCGAAGGGAGUCGGUUUCCUGCCGCCGCCGCGCCCGCUCACUGCGCUCUCGGCUGCGGGCAGCGGCGGCGGCCGGGAUGUGCCUGCGGAGCCCCCCCCCGCUGCUGCUGCCGCUGCUGCUGCCGCUGCUCGCCCGCCCCGACCCCGUGCCCGCCGAGGGCUGCGACCUGCGGCCGGUGGCGGUGGAGCCCCCCGUCACCCUGUCCUACAGCACGGGCACGGUGCCGCGGGGCUGCGUCAGCAGCAGCUCCCUGCACAGCGCCAAUGAAGUCCACGUCCUCGGCGUCCAGUGGUCCAAGGUCCCAGCCGUCAUGCUCAAGGUGUCCGUCACGCCGCCAGCCAGCGGCUGCGCCCGGCCAGCGGUGCUGGUCCUGCAGUGCUCCCGGUGCUUGGCCUCCAUCACCUCCCUGUGCCCAGACCUGCUCGUCCUCACCGACGCCACCCUGAGCCCGGGGAGCACCGCGGUGCCGCACAGGGAGCUGCCGGCGGCUGCCAGCAAGGGGCAGCUGCUGGACUGGGCGCGGGGCACCUACGGGGGCAUCACGUCCUACAGCGAGCUGUGGGACCCACGCGUGAUCCACCUCCGCCUGGGCGAAGAUGCCCGCAGCCCCCCGGACUGCAUCCCCCAGGAGCGCUUCAAUGCCGCGCCGCACCUCGACGCCGAGGUGUUUUUCCACGGGAUGAGGGGCUGCGCCAGCGGCGGCGCCCACGGCUCCAGGGCUGCCCACAUCAUCCGGCUGCAGCCCGAGCACAGCUCGCCUGUCACCGAGGUGAACCUGUCCCUGAGCUGUCCCGAGAGGGCGGUGAGCAACCAGAUCCUCAUCCUCCAGAGCCGGGCCAACCUCACCUGGUUCCUCUCGCUUAACAGCUGCCACAUCCAGUUCCUGGUCUCUGGCACCUACAAGAUCACGUCCUUCUUCACGCACCUCUUCAGCGGGGAGCUGCUGCCCGACACAGAGCAGGGCCUGGUCGCCAAAGCCUUCGAGAAGAACUACAGCGUCAUCGCCUCCUACUCCACCAUCCCCAUCAGCCCCCGCAUCACCCUGGAGAUCCAGGAGCACGAGGUGCCGAGGAAGCCGCCCGCGACGCCCACACCGCCGGCCCCCACCUCGGACGCGCUGCCCCACAUGCUGCUCUUAAUGCUCCAGCCCUGGAAGUGCACGGAUGACACCAUGGAGAUCAUCAUUGCCAGGUCCCACCUGGAGCCCAUCAAAGACGUGGUGAACAUCACCCUGCGGGACAUCAGCUGCCAGGCGGAGAAGAACGCGACGCACUUCAUGCUGCGCACCCCGCUCAGCCACUGCGGCACCUCGCUGGAGAGCCAGGGCAACGCCAAGAACGAGCUCAUCCUCAGCCUGUCCAAGGGCUCGGCGCUCAGGAGCGUGCGGGUGGCUUUCCAGUGCCAGAUCCCACGGGAGCUCUUCCUGCGCCUCUUCCCCACCGCCGCCUUCGAGGCGCCGCAGACGGAGCUGGAGGUCAACAAGGAGGCUUUCGUGCAGGCGUCCAUGCGCUGGGACGACUACCCGGCCGACCUGCAGCUCAAGGAGUGCUGGCUGGUGGCACCGGGGACGGAGCCGCUGCUGCUGGUGCAGGCCAACAAGGCGCAGAGCUCCAGCGUGGCCGUGCUGGAGGAGCCCCCCGGCAGCAGGGCCAGGAAGGUUUGGCGGUUCCGCUUCACCUACGCCGUCCCCGAGGGCGGCCACGUCCCCUUCUCCGCCACCCUCAAGUGCAAGGCCGGGCUGCAGAACAACACCAUCUUCGAGAAGGUUUUGGAGGUGACAGUGAAGGACGUCUGGCGGCCGCCCAACAACCGAGGGCUGGGGCUGGCCGCCGUGCUGGGCAUCACCUUCGGAGCCUUCCUCAUCGGGGCGCUCCUCACCGCCGGGCUCUGGUACAUCUACUCGCACACCCGUCCCAUCUCCAAACUGCAGCCGGUCUCCACCACGGCGCCGGCCUCGGAGAGCAGCAGCACCAACCACAGCAUCGGCAGCACCCAGAGCACCCCCUGCUCCACCAGCAGCAUGGCCUGACCCCCCCGGGCCCCCCCUCGCCACCGCCUCCGCCCCAGCCCCCUUAAAACCUUUUUCUGCCCCAAAUCUCGGGCCGAGCCCGGAGGGGGCCGCGGCCCCUCGCCGUCCCCGGGGCCGCCCUUACUCAUUCAGUGAAUGCUUUGGCCCCCCCCCAGGCAGCCCGUGGAGGGAGGUGGGGGCCCCGUGCAACCCCCCCGGGGGUCCCCAGCAGAUGGGGUUGCUGGGGGCAAAGCGUGGGUGCCCCCGGGAUGCGCCCCGGUGCUCUCCAUCCUGCGUAGGGACACCGCGGCCCCCAUAUACCCCCCCAUAACGCGGUGUAAAUGCACCCCGAGCAAUGGGGGGGGGCCCAGCACAGCCCCGAUGGGGUCACUGCCCCCCCCCCCCCGUGUCCCCGUCCCACGAAGGCAGCGGGCAGGGCUGGGAGCAGCGAGAGGUUUAUUGGGGUGGGGGGGCUGCGGGGCCGGGUGGCACCGCGCAGCUGCCCCCGUACGUGGGGCGAUGCGCAGAGAGCAGCCCGCCCCCCCCCCCACCCCCCAGCCAGCUCCAGGUCAAAGUUACAAACUUUUAAUAAUAAUAAAAACCUAUCCUACAUUAAAUUAGUC